AUGAUAGAAAUAUUUGGUAUUUUAAUUUUAGCUUUCACCCUUUUAAUGGCAUUAAUAUUAACCUACACAUCUGCAGGAACAAAGAAGAAGAAAUUAAUUAUCGACAGAAAAAUUGAGCUGAACAAAAAGUAUAAAAUCGAUUUAGAUUUAAUUGUAGAAAGGAUGAAAAAUAAGAAUGUUAUAAAUAUUGAUGAUAUUAGUGAUGAGGAAUUGCUGGCCAUUUUGUUUACUGCCAAAAAAUUUGAAUCUAUAUUAAAAAAUAAGCAGGAUUCAAAAUUUUUGAAUAACAAAGUUUUCUGUAGUUUAUUUCUAGAACCAAGUACAAGAACCAGAUGUUCCUUUGAUUCUGCAAUUUUAAGGUUGGGUUCAAAGGUAAUAAACAUUACUGACAUGAAUUCUACAUCUUUUUACAAAGGAGAAACUAUUCAAGAUGCAUUUAUAAUACUUUCAAAAUAUGUAGACGGAAUUAUAUAUCGAGAUCCAUCUAAUAACAAUGUGGACCUCGCUGUUGCAUCAUCAAGCAAGCCAAUCAUUAAUGCAGGAAAUGGAACAGGGGAACAUCCAACUCAAUCCUUACUAGACUUUUACACAAUAUAUAACUUCUUCCCAUAUAUUCUGGAAAGAGACAUAGAGCAAAAAGUAAAUGUUGCAUUUGUUGGAGAUUUGAAAAAUGGAAGAACUGUUCAUUCUCUUAGUAAAUUACUUAGUAGAUAUAAUGUAAAUUUUAAUUUUAUAUCAUGUAAAUCGCUAGACAUUCCUGAUAGUAUAAUACAUAUUAUAACUGACAAUUUGAAAAAGAACAAUUUUUAUAAUGAAAAUUCUAUAAAGAAAUAUGAUAAUUUGGAAAAAGGGAUAAAAGACGCACAUGUAAUAUACAUGACAAGGAUACAAAAAGAGAGAUUUACAGAUAUGAAUGAAUACAGCACAUAUAAAGAUGCCUUUAUUUUGGAUAAUGAUAUUCUAAAAAAUACCAGAAAGGAGACAAAGAUCCUGCACCCCCUGCCAAGAGUUAACGAAAUAAAAGUUGAGGUUGAUGAAAAUCCAAAAAGUGUAUACUUUCUACAAGCUGAAAAUGGCUUAUAUGUACGAAUGGCUCUGUUGUAUCUUAUUUUUUCAUAA